CUCAAUCGGUUCCAAGGUUACUCUGGACUUCAAUUACUGGAUUCCAAUUUUCACUCAUGGACAACUGGGACCAAACAAUGUGCAGCCUCGGCUUCUGGUAGUGAUUGAAUAAUCAGUUAUCUGCACUGCAACAGAAAAGGAGGGAAGUGAAGAGGGAGGAGCUGAAGGUGGACAAUUAGGGUACACAGUGAAUGGAUUUGUCGGUACCAUGUUCAAGUUCAAGAGUAGCCAGCCAAAUGUCGUUGAGAGUAAUCCAAUAUGGGAAGAAUUUGUAGCAUCAAAGCAAGCACCAAGCGCCACUGCGGGACCAGAACACGUGUGGAGGAUCUUUGAUGCGUACAGAAAGAGCGAUGGACAGGAGGCCUCAGUGUUUCUUUUCGAGAAGCGCUCGGUGGAGAAAUUCCACAAGCCAAAGCACAAGGAACACGUCACAGACAUACUACGAAGAUGUCCAAAGAAUCUCGAGGAGUUCCGUCACCCAAAGUUUCUUCAUGUGAUUCACCCAGUUAAGGAGUGCUCUGAAACCCUGGCCUUUGCCACUGAACCAGUACUGGGGAGUCUCGCCAAUGUCUUGGCAUACGUUGAACAGCAAGCAGCAUCUAAUCCAAAUUCAACAGCUCACAAUGCCAAUUAUCACACCGGUCAAAAUCCCCAUCAGCAUCCACCAGGACAUCGACCAGUUCUCAUUAAAAAAUACGAGAUGCUCGCUAUGGAAAUAAAAUACGGUCUACUGCAGAUCACCGAGGCACUGUCUUCUCUCCACUGCAGUUACAAGGUUAUGCACAGAAAUGUAUGUCCAAGCAGUAUUAUUAUAACGAAGAAAGGAACUUGGAAAUUGUGUGGCCUCGAAUUCAUCGAACGAACAACUGAUGAGAACGGCCUAGAUCCCGUACCCUGCAACCCGUGGACUCACAAAGCUUCCAAGACCGUUCAGCCGAACCUCGAUUAUAUUGCUCCGGAAAUUCAAUUGAGAAAAAUAUGCAGUAUCCGGAGUGAUAUGUACAGUCUUGGAAUGGUAAUUGCAGCCAUUUACAACGACGGAAAGUCCCUCAUUCAGGCGAAUCACAGUACUUCUGAUUACAUUAAACAGGUGGAAAAUCUAAAUGAACAAGUAGAAAAUAUACUUCCCAGAGUGCCCAUGCCCCUCCAUGAGGCCGUAUCAAGGCUGCUCUGUAAAGAACCUGAGGCAAGACCCAUCGCAAAGCAUCUCUCUCUGAUCAAGUACUUCAGUGAUCCAUCCGUUUAUGCACUCCAGUUUCUCGACGUUAUAAAUAUGAAAGAUCCGAAUCAAAAAUCUCAUUUCUACAAAAAUACUUUGAAGGAAGUACUUCCAUUUAUACCACUGAAAUUAUGGUACCAGCACAUCUGGCCUUAUCUCCAAGCUGAGUCCAAGUCCCAGGAGGUAUUUGCAUCGGUGCUACAGCCAAUGCUAUUUAUAAUACAACAGAGUCCCCUCGAGGAUUACCAGAACAUCAUAUUACCGUCAUUCAAAGAAUUAUUCUCAACCCCGAGAUCAAUUCAGGGUACGGUGGUGCUGUUGGAGAAUCUUCAUGUUGUUUUUGAAAAAACACCAGCCGAAGUCAUACGCCUGGAGAUGCUGCCGAUGCUGUACUUAUCCUUUGAGAGUCCCAAUAUUCAGAUUCAAGCAGCUGCAUUCAAAUCUGUUGUCAAGAUCGCCGAUUACCUCGAGGAUACAGCACUAAGAAAAAUUGUUCUCCCAAAAUUAAUGAAUGCAUUUGAGAACAGUUCAACUGACUCACGAAUUCUCAUGAAUUGUCUCUCGAGAAUUCUUGAGACACUUGAUACACAGCAAAUUGUCGACGAAGUUUAUCCAUUACUCUGGGAUAUCAAGCUACAGCAGCCUGAUGCGAUAACACGGGUUGUUACAAUUUACAGACUCCUGUUGAGCAAUAAGAAGUUCGGACUCACUAUAAACAUAAUCGCUACGAAGGUGAUGCCAAUUCUACUCCCAGCAACAGUUAAUCCGUCCCUUAAUCUCGAGCAAUUCCAAACAUUGAUUGAGGUCCUUCAACUGAUGCUCAGUCACAUUGAAAGUAAUCAAACGAACAAGCUAAAGCUCUCCCUCUCCAGCCCCGAGCGGCAUCGACCACUCAGGCAUCAGUUUAGCACUGAAAACAUGCAUGUGCAACCGUUCAAUAUUCCCGGGCUCAAGAUCGAGCAGAGGAAAACCUCCUCGGCAGAGGACAUGGCCAGGAAGAACUCCAUAGGCUCAAUGUCGAUGACAGCAUCAGCGGAGAACAUGACGCAGCGUAAGAACUCAAUGACCAACAUGCUCUCAAACUGGUGGUACUCAUCAUCGUCGUCGGCGCGAGACGGCACCUUCCUGAGUGUCGGCAGUGCCUUCCCAAGUCGUCGACUAUCUGACAAUACCCUGAUGACACCUAAGAUUCGCAUCGCCCCGUCGUGCUCGAGCUCACCAGGAGGCACACCAGGCGGUGGUCUUCCAAUAAGACGUCACUCGAGUACAGGACCACAGGAGCGUCGUGGCUCAAACGUCAACCUGUCACCACCAACCGGUGGAAUGCCAACAACCAGUAGCAGUGUACCCUAUCUCCUCAGCUCAAGCAUGACAAGCAUCCGAAAUUCCCGAAGACCCUCAGUCUCGUCGACAACGUCACAGCAGGGAUCUGGCCUACUCCAGCAGUUUGGCACCGGCAUGAGUCAGCGGGCUAAUUGGGAUUACUAUCACCCUGAUGACGAUACGUCAACGAAUCCAGUAUCAAUCGUCGUUACUAUCGACGGCCCAUCAACGAUCGAACAAAUGCGGGCGCAAUAGUAUUAAUUUACCGCUAUUUACCACUUUGAUCGCUUUAUUUUUGCUCAUUGUAUUGUACAUACGUUUUAUUUACAUCAUAUUUAUCAGAAAUAGGCCUCAACGAUUUUUAUUUCAUUUUAUAAAUAAGUCAAUGCGGUGCUGCGCGCCUCGUUAUUUUAAGACUAAAUCAAAUUCAGUCUAACGAUAGCCAAGAAAGUACAUUAAAGGAAUCAAAGUGGAGAAACGAGGAUCGAAUAAUCAUUAUCGAUUUUUAGGCAAGAAUGAAACAUGCGAAACGGCACAUAUCCCCGGCCCCUUCAAAAAUCAUAUUUUUUUCUCAAUCAUAAUUGUAGAUAAAUCGUAGUAUGUACUCGGGCAGUCUCAGCUAAUUGAAAUCAAAUGAAAAUUCCGAAGAUCCUGUAGAUCCCGAAUAAAAACGAUCAGUCUGUUAAUCACGGAUCAUGAAGAAGUUGGAAAACGGAGGGAUAAAAACUACUGAAACAACUCGUCUCGUCUCGUCUCGAUGUGAAUCGUCAAUUUAUGUAACUUUCAAUUAAAACUGCAUUAACAAUCACUAUUUACUAAGAUUAGAUUUUGUACUAGCGACGAUCGUGCACAAAUCAAAUAAUCGCUGGCUGAUGAACCACGAGAGUUUGACGAAAUAAAUAUAAAUAUAUUUUCCCCUGGGUGGAACAUAACAUCGAACGAUCGCCGGUGGUGAACGAUCUAUCGAUUAUUAUUCUCUAUUUUUAACUAACGAGGGGAGUAAUUUGUUGCUAUUGGCCUCUUCACUAUUAUUAUAUGAAUUUUCGGAUAAAUUUGAAGAUUUUGUUGACUGAGCGUGAGUGUAAAAUUCAUUUCUACUGUGAUAUUCUUCAAUCUCUCGUAUGAAUGGAAGGAAGGAAAAUAGAAAAGGAAGAGAAAAUGAGAAAAAUGACAAGAAUGUGUGGGAUAAAAAAUGGAUAAAAAAAUAUGAGAAAAGGGCAAAUAAGAUCGGCAGUUCUCAUCAUUGCGUAUAAUUCGAUUUCUGCACCUACUUGACUGGCCUUUCAAUCAACCAUACGGAACACAAGAGAAAUGAGAGAAUAAGGGAGACGGAUAUGAUUACUAGUUACAGACGAUGUGAAAAUAUAUGGAGAAUAAAAGAAAAUAAAAUUCACGCGCAUAUAAUGAGGUCAUUUGUCGACCGUUUUUGUACCUGCAAUUCAUAAAUAGAGACAAUUUAUUUAUUUACCGGUAUUGAUGAUGGAGAGAAAUAUUCAUUAUAUUAUAGGAGAUGGCAUUUGAAUUUUUCGCGCUGCGAAAAUAAAAGAGGCAAUUAAUAAACGUCGAUAAAUCAUUGAAAACUCCAGAAUGAAAAUAUAUAUAUUAAUAAUGAAAAAUGGUGCAGGUCGCCGGAUCUAUUGAAUACACGAUCGUCUCAUCGAACAAAUCAAGUGAAAGUGAGCAUAUGAUAAUCAUGAAUUUAAUCAGUUACAAACUUGAUUAGCCAUAAUUCCGCAAAAUGAAAAUCUACCAAAAAAAAUCUAAUAAUAAUACUCCGUAAUAGUUUUUUGUGUCUCUAAAGUUGUAAGACUACGAAAUUAAGUGUCCUUAAAAUUUAAGCGAUUAAAAUUUAUUAAUGAAGUAAUGACAAAUCAAUACUGGAGCGUUUGGAGUCGAUCAGCGACUGGUGAUCAGUGGAUUAAUGAAAAAUAAUGAAUUAGUGACAAUCAGCGACAAUCAAUCGAAUGGAGAAUAUAAUGAUUAAUAUUGGUGAUCGAUGAGCCAAACGCUUUGACAACAAGUACAAUCGUCGUUUUGUCCCCCUAAAUUCACCACCAAAUGUGUGUACUUUAGGCAUCAGACAAUCGAAUAAUACAUGUCAACCCGCCCGUUCUCCAAUAAAUAUUACAUUAGGUCGAUCAAAAGAAUAGUAUGACGACUGAUGGCAAUUUUAGAGAGAGUCCAUUUGUUAGAAUCGAUAUUUUAAUUAAUAAAAAAUUGAGCAGUCAAAUUAUGUCGAAGAUAAAUUCAAUACUCAACACACGGAGUGCCAAUGUAAUAUUCGAGCAAUAAUUAAUCUUCCACUUCUCGCGAGUGUGUUUAAGGCAAAAUUAUUGAAUGAUCAAAUAUCUAUCAUUAUGUGUAUAGCAAACCAUUAAACCUCACGUGUUAAUGAUAUUCUAAUAAUCUUUAUCUUUGCAUCAAUUUUUCGCUUUCUAUCUUCGAAUCUUUAUCUCUGGGAUUUAAUGAACAUGAACAUGAACAAUGAACAUGUAGAGGUGGACAGGAAACAAGUAGUUUUUAAUGAUAAUUUAACGUUGCAUUGUCAAUCAGCAGACAUCUGACAUUUUUAUAUUUUUUUUUUUUCGUUGGUUCGGUGAUGAAACCCAUGACUGUGUACUUCAAACAAUCACACGAGUCUAGAGAUGUAUAGAAAAAGUACAGUAAAUGUAUGAUAUCAAAAAUAAAUGUGAGAAAUGACGA